AUGGAGUUAGUAGAAGAGCCGGGUGACCACCGCCUCCACAAAACGGGCGGCCUCCACUACCACGACAUCAAAUUUAGGCUUCCCUUUCUGGGAGCUUACCUCCUUUAUUCCUGGGGGACGCAAGAGUUUGAGAGGCUGAAGAGGAAGAACCCCGCCGACUACGAGAACGACCAGUAA